CGUUUGUACAUUUUCAACUGUCACAUAGGCACAUUCAAAUUGCGAGUUAAAAUUGUACUGUAUAAAUUCCAGAGGGCACCCUUUUGGAGGGGAAAUACCAUGCCGGUCGUCAAGUUGCAGACCUCUGAUGGCGAAAUUUUUCACACCGAUGCCGAAACGGCCAAAUGUUCGAGUAUGAUUAAAACCCUGCUGGACGAUUGUGGAGGCCUGGGGGCAGAGGCGGAGAAUGACCCACUUAUUCCGCUGCCCAAUGUGAACUCGGCCAUUUUGAAAAAGGUACUGAUUUGGGCCAAGCACCAUCAGGGCGAUAAUGAAGACGAGUAUGGAGGAGAAGCGGCCAGGCCAAUGGUAGAAAUCAGUGCCUGGGAUGCCGAAUUUCUGGCCAUGGAUCAGGGCACUCUCUUCGAGCUCAUCCUGGCUGCCAACUAUUUGGACAUCCGUAGUCUACUUAAUGCCGCCUGCAUGACAGUGGCCAACAUGAUCAAGGGCCACACGGCAGAGGAGAUUCGGCAGACCUUCCACAUCACCAACGAUUUCACGCCCUCCGAAGAGGAUCUACUGCCCAAGGAGGCCGAGGUCCCAGAGGAAGAAGAGGAAGAGCCAACGGUUUAUGGUGAUAUUUAAAUAUGGAGGGAACAUUAAAUAAAAAGAAGUUUAGAGAAAAA